UUGGGUAGUUGGGAACAUGUGGGAGCCACAAGCACUGAGCACUAUCAUUUACACUCUGCUGGGCCUGGCUCUAACGCUGCCCCUCGAGGAGCCUCGCUACAAUCAACUGAGCUACAAACACGAUCAAUUGGCCAAUUCAACUAUGUGUAAUAACAGCAUAAUUGCCACGACCGAUCGACUGGGGGUUCCGGCCACUACGCCCUCGCCCACGCCCACGCCCACGCCCAGGCCUACGCCACAAUUUGAGUAUGCGCUGCUGGGCCAAGACUCUAGGGAUCAGCACUGGUAUCGUGUGAGUCUAAAACCGCUGGACAACAAGUCGGGCUAUCGAGCGCAGUUCGCAACGCGACAACCUCCACCAUAUGACUCUCAGCAGGCGCACAAGCACGAUAAGAUGAUCACCGAGUUGCUGAAUUUCCUUGAUAAAUCUGAGGAGCACAAUCUACAGAAGGCCUAUAGCCAGCUACUGGCCAGUGCCGAGUACAACGAUGAGGAGAGCAAGAUGAAGCAGAGUGUGGAUAAAACCGACGUUCAAAUGCAUGACGACGUGGACUUGAAAAGUCAUUUGAAGACUGAUCCGAACCAUCGUCUUAUUUUGGUGGCUGAAUUGCAGGGAGCCACGACCACAAAUAACCAGAGUGGCAGCGAUUCGACUGUGGUUAACAAUUUAGUAUACUUCAUAAAGGGCUUAAAGUAAAGGAUACUUCUGCAUGAUACC